AUGAAAAGAAUGACAGCCACUUGGAGCCCCGAUCAACCCCUUGAAGACCUUUUCAACCAAGUGAAAGAUGCACAGAAGUACGCGGAAAACCAUGAUCCUAUCUCGGACAAACAAGCAAUCCGUGCAGCCAGCGACAACUUAAUGGACAGUGGAGUAUUCACUGAUGCCCUUCGCGACUGGGACAAAAUGGAUGACAAAGACCAGACAUUCAACAAACUGGAGGAUCACUUCAACGAAGCUGACGAAGCAAGGCGUCGCAUCCUCACGACCAAAGGAGUAGGAUACGCCAACAAAGCAACAAUCGACAAGCCUACCAAUGAAACGAGCCACAAAGUGAUCUCAGAAGGAAGUGGAACAGCAAUGUACUAUUGCUGGUCGCAUGGACUCGGCACCAACAGCAACCACACCAGUAAGAAUUGCACCAAAAAAGCAACCGGACACCGUGUCGAAGCAAAUGCAGCCGACAUGCUUGGAGGUUGCUGCAUCAUCCGCCGUAAGGCCGGUGAGCGAGCAAUCUACUGA